ACCGUUAAAUAAGCUGAUGAAGCAUGUGGGAAAUUUCUGGUGCCAUGCUGCAGUCAAGUGAAAAUGCUUUCGAGGGAUCCCAGGUAGGGCUGGACAUGUAACUGAGUGCUGUCUGCUUUCAUACUGGAGACUGGUUACUUAAAGGAAACUUUGUGAGUACUGAAAUCCCACAAACCAUACCUAAUAAUAAACCAUUAAGCAUCACCUCCUAUCUAACACCAUCUUGUCAGAAACUUGUGAAAAAAGAUGUAAUUCUUCUGGUGACGUGUUAAAAAUAUUCAACAGCCAGGUAUAAAUACAACUAGCAAGGCAGAUGAAGUUCACUAAUCUGCUUUCUUCCAGUAGAAGAGCUGACAGAAAGUUAGCUUAUUGCUUUUAGGUCUCAUAACAUAUCCAAGAAUCGUUUCAACUUUUCUACUUCAGUGUCUCCAGAGAAAUGACUUAUCAAACUUACCUCUUCAUCUUUCUCUCCAUUCACCUGUCUUGUCUUGGAUGCUUGGAAAGUACCAUAAUACCUUUCCAGGUACAGAGUGACAUAGACAAACUGAAAAUUGACUUUAAUUCAAGCAAUUCAGAUGUAGCUGAUGGUGGACCCAUUUUUACAGAAAAGCUGAAAAGCUGGACAGAGGUAAAUGAAAGAAGAAUCUUAUUUAGCCACAUUAUUUCCUUGUAUCUGAAAAUGUUUGAGAACAUCGACACAAGUAAAGCCCACAUCAGAAAUGUACAUGAGUACCUGCUUGCCAAGAAAAGCAAUCUUGCUAAUGAUUACAAAAAGAUAAAUGACAUAAUGGAGUUGGCAAAACUUCCGAUGAGUGAUUUGAAAAUCCAGCGCAAGGCUAUUAAUGAACUUUUCCCCCUCUUACAAAAACUGGACUCCCCAACUGUUCGUUCAGAAAGAAGAAGGAGGCAAAAUUCAAGAGGAUGUAAAUGUUAAUGACUAGGUUUUGUCUAUUAUUAUUAUUAUUAUUCAGUUGUUAUAUAAAUCUAUUUAUUAAUAUUUAACUAUUGCUAUCAACCAUUAUUUAUAAUGAAAUCCAAGAAACACCAACAUAUUUAUAAUUUUUACUACUAUGUAAGAAAUCAUUGGGUGCUAUACACAUGCUCUGCAUGAUCUAAUUGGAGAUUAGCUUAAUCAAGUCUGUUGUGCGUUUGAAUUAGAAUGCUCUAGCAUUGUCGCAGCGUCACAUCUAUAAGCCCUUGUGGGUUUAAAAAUAGCCACUGGGGUGUUUUAACUAAGAUUCAUUGAAUAAGCUUUAGUUAAAGCAUCCUGUGGCCAUCUGUAAACAUGAGGGGGGAUUAAUACAUGUGAUGUUGUGACAUUUUAAUUAGAGCAGCUCUCCAGGAACUGCUUUAAUUAAAUUGCCCUCUGUCUACUCCCAAGCACAUGUAUAGGCACCCAAUAUUAGGUAUUAGAUUUAUGAUUAUCUUUUGUAAGUUUAUUCACUGGAUAAUACAGAGCUAUGCAAUAUUUACCUGAUAUCCCCUGUGAACUGCAUGUAAACAUACUAUGUGGGCCACUACUUUCUAAAUAGCUGCCCGGUGCUAUUUUGGCAGCUAUAUUUAAGAUUUUGGCUAAUCAUUUAUUUAUUUGGUAUAGACAAAGGAGCCCAAUUCAGAAAAGCACUUCUAUUCAAGAAUGCACUUUUUAAUCUGGUUAGCUUUAACUACAUACUAAAGUCAAUGUGGUUUAUGAACAGGCUUAGUGUUAAGCAUAUAGUGAAAUGCUUUUCUGAACUGGGGCCUUGAGGACUGACUAAUGCUAAUUAUUACAUUUGGAAGUCAUUAAGGAUAAGGCUACUUCACAGCCACCCCUGGAGACAACUCUGUCUCAGUGGUGUAGCAGUAUGUUAUCUCAGGUGAAUAUGCAAAACUUUGCACUGAUAUAUUAUUUAAGACUUUGAUGGAAGUUCAAAAUCGUUAUUUUGUUAAUUUGUUAAUUUAAGAACAGAAACAAUUGAAUAAAAUAUAUUUUUACAUUUA